UCACUCAGCGCCUCACUCUCGCUUUUCUCUCUCAUAUAAAAAGGAGCCCAAACCUACACAUUUAGCUUCCGCUCCGCCUUUUUUAACAGUUUCGCACUUGGCGUCUGCCUUCAACUGUCAUCGGACUCACUCUCUCUCUCUCUCUCUCUGUUCCACUUUUUCAAAACCCUAAUACUCUCUCUCUCUCGCUCUCUCACUUUCUCUCUCAUAUGCUCCAUCGUGAGAAGAGUGAAACCCUAUAAAAACCUCUCCUUUUCAUCAUGAUCACUGCGUUUCUUUUCAGUGACCAAAUACCAAGAUCUUGCUCCAAUUUUGAAUCUUUUUGAUACUUAACCCUUUGUUUCCUUCUUCAAUUUGAGUGUUUUACUCUGAAUAAUCGGUAGUUUCUUCUUCUCUUUUUUUGUGCUUGCUUUUUUUGUUUUUUUUUGUUUUUGUUUUUGGUGUGAGAGCUUUUGUGAGAUCGGAGUGAGGGAUGGUUAUGGCAGAGAAUGAGACUGGGGAUGACAGGAAGGACCUCAAUGGUGGGCCCAAGUCUCCAUGGAAGACUCCUGUUCAGCUCGAUGCCAAGACUGCUUCCGAUACUCCCGUCAUGGGUGCUGAGUCUUGGCCUGCUCUUGCUGAUGCUCAGCGGCCUAAGAAUCCCGAUGCGCCAGCAAAACCACCUGCUUUGGCCGCUGUGCCGGUGGCCAAUGGGGGAGCCACCCCACCUUCUCCGCAGCCAGUGCAGGGAUCAGCUGUGCUGCAUAAGUCAAAUGGGCCUGGAUAUCCGUCACACAAGUAUUCAUCAUCAAGGCAUCAAAAAUCAGGCCCUAAGCGCCAUCCAAAUGGUGCCCCUCCUUUUCCAAUCCCCUUACCAUACCAACAACCUUCUAUGCCACCUGUUUUUCAUGCUAUGGUUCCUCCACCGCACCUUGCGGUCCCUGGGUAUCCUUAUCAGCCAUUCCCUGGACCCAUUCCAAGUGUUGAAACUCAUUUGACAAAGACUGGAUCUGAGACACCAGGGCAAGCUUUUGCACCACCAGUUCAGCCUCCGGCAAGGGGCGACCCAAACUCAUAUGUUGUUAACUUUCCUACCAGACGACCUAACAUGCAAGAACCGGGCCACCACUGGAAUCAUGCUUGGCAUCACCAAAGGGCAUUUAAUCCCAGGGACAAUGUUCCUAUGCAACAGGGUGUUGGACCAAGGCCUUUUAUUAGGCCUCAGUUUUAUGGUCCAGCUCCGGGGUUCAUGGUUGGUGGUCCAAGCUUCCCAGGAUCUCCUAUAUGCUAUUUUCCAGUGCCAGCCCCAGGUGCUAUGAGGGGACCUCCUCCUCAGCGUAUUAUUCCACAUCCAGUGAACCCAGGGGCUCCAGUUGUAUCCUCAGAGACACUAGCUUUGAGGGCUAAUAUUGUAAAACAAAUUGAGUAUUAUUUCAGUGAUGAAAAUUUGCAGAAUGACCAUUACUUAAUUUCCUUAAUGGAUGACCAAGGAUGGGUUCCAAUAACUACUAUUGCAAACUUUAAAAGGGUUAAAAAAAUGAGUACAGAUAUACCAUUUAUUCUUGAUGCGCUGCAGGGUUCUACCACCAUAGAAGUGCUGGGUGACAAGAUUCGAAGGCAUGAUGAGUGGUCAAAGUGGAUUCCAGCUUCUGCAGAUUCCACAUUGGCGUCAAAACCACAGCCAUCUUUGGGUCCACUUAUUGGGAAGUCUUUGAAUGCUAAUGAGAAUAGCGAUGAUGGUAAAAAGAAUGCUUUAGAAAAAACUGUUGAACCUUCAGAUGACAAAAAUUUGAUAGAGCGUAUCCCAUCGAACAAAAUGGACCAGGAAAGUAACAGUAUUUUGGUUGACAGUGCAUCACCGCGUUUUACUGAUGGACACAGUGAUGCAGUUGGAAAAUUAAAUUCUGAAUCAAGCAGGAAGUUCUCAGAUCUAGGCACCAGUUAUAAUUCAACUUGCUCAGACCACUCACAGGGAAUUGAUCCUGUAAGAUUUGAUGGCCAUGGUACUGAAGGCACAGAAAUGUCCUCAGAUGUGGCUGCAAAGAAUCUUGAUGACCUGUCUAAUGAUUUUUCAAAUACAUUUAUGCUUGAUGAGGAACUCGAAUUUGAGCAUAAAACAAUGAAGAAAGAAGUUCAUUCAUCGGUUAGAAGGAUUGAUGAUGAAGAUGAUGAAGUUAUAGUCCAUGAUCAGGAUGUUCAGAGACUUGUAAUCGUCACUCAGAAUAGUGGAGUAGGUGAGGGAUCUGAAAUGGGUGUUAAAGAAUCAAAACCCCUUUCUAAUGAACUUGUUUCUGCAAUAAAUGAAGGCCUUUACUUCUACGAGCAGGAAUUAAGAAGUAAGCGGUCAAAUCGUAAAAAGAACAAUUUUAGUUAUGAAAAUAAAGAUGGAAACCCAAGAUCGUCAAGCAAUGCCUCUGGACUAUCAAAUAUGAGGACUGGUGAAAAUUCUGCUGGAAACAUUGGGCAUGAAGAGUCCAUUAGUGCUAAUUCCCGGAAAAAACAAAAUAAAAACUUCCAGAAGCAACACUCAUCCCAUAAGCAACGGUUUUUCUCUAGCAACUUUAGAAAUGAUGGAACUGCUCGGAACUCUGGAAUAUCAGAAAGUCCGCCAAGUAACUCAGUUGGAUUUUUCUUUGGUUCCACACCCCCAGAAAAUCAUGGCCUCAGGUCUUCAAAAUUGAGUGUUUCUCCUCAUGGAAUUCUCUCAGGCAGUAGUCCGCCGGUGGGCUCCAUGCCAAAGUCGUUUCCACCAUUUCAGCAUCCAAGUCAUCAGCUUCUUGAGGAAAAUGGUUUUAAACAGCAAAAGUAUCAAAAGUUCCAAAAAAGAUGCCUUAGUGACAGGAAGAAGUUGGGCAUUGGUUGCAGUGAGGAAAUGAAUACUUUAUACAGAUUUUGGUCUUAUUUCCUUAGAGGCCUGUUUAUCCCUUCAAUGUAUAAUGAGUUCCGGAAAUUUGCACUGGAAGAUGCUGCUGCUAAUUAUUAUUAUGGGGUAGAGUGCCUUUUCAGGUUUUAUAGUUAUGGUUUGGAGAAGGACUUUAGAGAGGACCUGUAUAAGGAUUUUGAAGAACUCACCAUUGACUUUUACCAUAGAGGCAAUCUUUAUGGCCUCGAAAAAUAUUGGGCAUUCCAUCACUAUCGUCACCAGAAAGAGCCUCUGAAAAAACAUCCAGAACUGGAUCGUUUACUGAGGGAUGAAUACCGUAGCUUGGAGGACUUCCGCGCCAGAGAGAAAAGCAAUGCCUCGAAAGAGGACAUCCAUUAGCUAGCAAUAAAAUGCCUAUCUAGUGGCAGACAUCCCAAUUUUGAAAACUCAUUCUGACAGCUUGACGAGGGAUUUGGAGUUGGCGGCCUAUUUUUGGUUUGGACGCAAAAGAUAAAAGGCUGUCAUUGUAUAUUGUACAUUGAUGGAUUAUUACCACCUUUGUGAGGGCUGCUGACUGCUGAGUUUUUUUGGUUUUGUUUUUAAGGUUUUGCUUGCUCCUGGGUAUAUCUUUUUCUUGGAGUUAUCUGCAAGCUUAGAAAGCUGCCGCUGCUUUCUCUCUCACGUCAAUCCUUCUUUGGAUUGUAAUUUGUACAUAGGCCCCACCAUCCCAAAAAAAAAAAAAAAAAAAAGAAAAAAAAAGAAGGAAAGUUGUAGUUUAGACCUUGUGAAAAUGAACAAUAAGAUAUUACAAAUUUAUUUCGUUUGAUCAGUUCAGCAUGUUACUAUUCUUUUGCUCUUUGUGAUUAAAAUCAUAAAGUGCUGGCUGUUCUCAAAUAUAACUUCAUGGAAUUUAUUUAAUGGCUUAUUUGUUUAUCAUGUAA